GAUGAAUCGGAUGAAAAUGGUGGUUGGUUGGUGAAAUGUCUACGUACAGUCGAACUUUAAUGAAGAUUUUUUGAAAUAUUUUUAAUGAGAAUAGUUUUUAUAAUCCCUGGAAUACAAUAAGUAUUCUAUAAUACCUUCUUUUUUCUAUGCAUACUUCGUUCGUCUUGUUUGCAUCACAGAUCACAGAAACUAAAGGGAUAUGUGACAAAGGGGCAGGGCCGGUGUGUGAAUCCUGUUUGUGUGAAUUUCUAAUGCGACACUGAGUUUCGAACUCAGCGCAUAAGUUAGCAUCUCUCUGUAUCUCUAUAGUUUGCAUCACGUCUUAAAUGGGUCUUGUUAUUCAUUACCUCAUGAUUUCAUGAUAUAUGACGUCCUCAUGUGCAGUGUUGUCAAAUAUUAGUGCUAUCGCUCCAAAGCCCCCAAAUACGUUACUUAACAUAACGACGUAUCUUUAAAUCUGAGUGACAAGAAAUCUGCUGGGCGGAAUGCAGACAAUGCGUUGGGGUUAGAGGGAAUUAUCAGAACAACAAUAUCUGGAUCGAACUGCCUCAAUUCCACUGCCGACCGAGGACCGAGGAAACUACUACAAAAACUUCUUCCGGCAGACAAAAUCUGAGAUUCGAAGCCUCGGGCAGAAGCUAGUUUUAAAUAGGUAAACCAAAAUCAAUGUUUUAAUAAUACCACCAGCUUAAUAGCUGAAUCAUUAAAUUCAGAAAUAAAUUAUUGUCAUUAAACAACCUUGCUAGAUCAGACUAUGUUACUAUUAAAAAGAUAAGAUACCAUUAUAUGUGUAGUAGAUAUGAUAAGACAGCUAACUGAUGACUAGUAAAGAGUGGGUGUUUGUGAAUUGAAAACGUAUAAAUAAGUACAGCGGCACAGAAAUAAUAGUCAUAAGCAAGAUGAGUUUCAACAAUAAAGUAGCGUUAGUGACUGGUGCUAGCUCUGGGAUCGGAGCAGCUAUUGCUCUUAAAUUCGCUGGAGAGGGAGCGAACGUUGCCAUCGUUGGAAGAAACGCAGCCAAACUAAAAGAUGUUACGGAAAGUAUCUCGAAGGUUGGUAACAAGCCUCUUGUGAUCACCGCCGAUGUCACCAAGGAAAGUGAUGCUCAAAGAAUCAUCAACGAUACAGUAAAACAUUUUGGAAAACUUGACGUUCUGGUCAACAAUGCAGGAGUGGGUGGCAAUGCCAGCAUUACUGAAGCAGGAGCCAUGGCAAUAUUUGACCACGUCAUGAACACUAACCUGCGUUCCGCUGUCUACAUGACCAAUCUGGCUGCCAAGCAUCUUAUUGAAACGAAAGGGAAUAUAAUAAACAUAUCAAGCGUUGCUGGUCAAAUGGUGAUGGAAAAAGGAUUCGCUUACUGCACCUCAAAAGCUGCUUUGGAUCAUUUCGCGAGAUCGAUCACGCUGGACUUUGCGCCACAUGGUGUUCGCGUGAACAACAUUAGUCCUGGGCCUGUGUGGACCGAUAUCAUUGAAAAUAUGGGAGUCAGUCCGGAGAUUCAAGCAGCAAUAUGGGAGACAUACAAAACAGCAACUCCUCUGAAAAGAAUUAGUGAACCAAGUGAGAUUGCUGAGCUAGCGGCAUUCUUGGCUAGUGACAAAGCUGUUGGUAUCACUGGAUCAAUUUACGUAACUGAUAAUGGAGUUUUGCUAUCACGUUCAAAGUAAUUCACUUAGACAAAAAUAUAUUAUAUUAAUAUACUUAAGAUAACUUAAUAA